AUGUCACUCAAACGAAAAGCCCUUGCAGAUGCUGCUAAUGGUCGAUCCUCAAAGCGCUCCACGCCUGCUCCCUCGACGCCCGUAAGCCUCAAUAGCGACGAUGAAUACUUCGAAGGAUCGGAUGCACGCUCUCAAGAACAAAGUGACAGCGAGCAAGAGCAUAUCCGAAAGGCUAGAGCAAGGUUGGACUUCAGUUCCUUCCAGGGUACAAAGCACAAACACAAGCCCUCCAUCUUUGGGGAAAAGGACUUCUCCUGGCUCUCGUUGAAGCCUGAUCACGAGAACAGGCCGCUAUGGAUAGAUCCAAACGUCUCUGUCGGGUCGAAAAAAGGCCCCAAGAUCACCCUCGAGAGCUUCUCUCCGUUGUCUGCACAGGCUACGGAUCUGCUUACUACCAUCGCAGAACCUCAGUCGAGACCGUCCUAUCUCCACGAAUAUAGGUUCACUGAGCAUAGUCUCUAUGCUGCGCUAUCGGUAGGUCUACGUGGUGAAGAUAUAAUACGUGCUCUAGAAAAGCUGUCCAAAACCCCCGUCCCUGACACCGUGAUCGAUUUCAUCAACCGCCACACCAAAACCUACGGAAAAGUGCGACUUGUUUUGAGGAACAACAAGUUCUUCGUCGAAUCUGAUGAGCGCCCCAUCAUCGACAUGCUCCUAAAGGAUCCAGUUAUUGGACCUUGCAAAGCCGUCGGGACCGAUGUUCAAGUCGGGAGAAUUCAAACAAAGGCGACCGUGAUCCAAGGAACCAGUAACGCGAAGGGCAUGACACAAGCAGGCCAGGGCAACGUGGAAGUUCCCAGAGAUGACCCGGCCAAGGAGAACGAAGCAAUGAUCGCCGCUCUGAGAGACGAAGAAGAUGAAGAGGAUGCCUACAAGGAAGCUACCAGUUUCGAAAUCGCGCCGAACAAACGUGAUACAGUGGCGAAGCAAUGUCUAGACAUCGGCUAUCCCGCUAUCUCAGAGUACGACUUCGCUAACGACUUCGAAAACCCGACUCUACCCAUUGAUUUAAAACCCUCCACUCAAAUUCGGCCGUAUCAGGAAAAGGCUCUCAGCAAAAUGUUUGGUAACGGCCGUGGCAAGAGCGGGAUUAUCGUCCUUCCUUGUGGUGCUGGGAAGACCCUUGUCGGCAUCACCGCGGGGUGCCAUAUCAAGAAAAGCAUUGUUGUUCUCUGCACGAGCGCCAUGUCGAGUUAUCAAUGGGCCAAUGAAUUCAGGAAAUGGUCUGACAUCAGAGAAGAGGACAUCGCCGUAUUUUCUGCCACCGAAAAGAAAAGGUUCAACGGAGAUGCAGGUGUGCUGGUCACAACCUAUUCCAUGAUUACUGCUGGCGGGAAGCGGGCCCACGACACCCAGCAGAUGAUGGAAUGGGUGUACGGCAAAGAAUGGGGAUUGAUGCUCCUCGACGAGGUGCAUGUGGUCCCCGCCAAAAUGUUCAGAAAGGUGGGCGAGAACAUUCGCUCCCACUGCAAACUCGGUCUUACGGCCACCUUACUUCGUGAGGACGAUAAAAUUACCGAUCUCAACUUCAUCAUUGGUCCGAAACUAUACGAAGCCAACUGGAUGGAAUUGGCCGACCAAGGACACAUCGCAAAAGUGCAGUGCGCUGAAGUGUGGUGCCCGAUGUCAAUGGAAUUCUAUCAAGAAUACCAGAACGCAAGCACACGGAAGCAGCCCCUCUUCUACAUUAUGAAUCCUGAAAAGUUCCGUGUCUGCCAGUAUCUCAUCAAUUACCAUGAGAACCGAGGCGACAAGAUCAUUGUGUUCAGUGACAACUUAUUUGCGUUGAGACACUACGCCGAGAACAUGAAGAGAGCCUUUAUCUAUGGUGAAACGAGUAAUUAUGAACGCUUAGAGAUUCUUAACAGGUUUCAGCACGACGAUCGCCCGGAAUUCAGCACCAUAUUCUUGUCCAAGAUCGGUGAUACGUCACUUGACUUGCCGGAAGCAACCUGUCUGAUUCAAAUCUCAUCGCACUAUGGGUCCCGACGUCAAGAAGCACAACGGCUCGGGCGUAUCUUGCGAGCAAAGCGCCGCAAUGACGAAGGCUUCAAUGCAUUCUUCUAUUCUCUUGUCUCCAAAGAUACAACCGAGAUGGCAUACAGUGCAAAGAGGCAGGCAUUUCUGGUGGACCAAGGCUAUGCCUUCAAAACCAUCACACACUUGGCUGGCAUGGACAAGAUGGACAAGCUUAUGUACUCAAGGCCCGAGGAGAGAAACGAGUUGCUUGCGAAGGUCUUGCUUCAGAACGAAACGGCCGCCGACAUUGAGAAAGUCGACGACAAUAUAUGGAGUCAUCUCAGUGGAGGUGGCUCGGCGAAGGCCAAGGCGCAGAAAUUGCAGGUUCGCAGGCAAGCUGGUUUGUUGGCAGACGUCAGUGGUGGCGGUACUAUGGCCCCCAUGUAUCGCGAGCAAGAACGAAGGGGCAAGAAGAGUCAGCAGCCCGAAAGCGAGUGGUUCAGAAAAGAGGCCAGGCGGCGUGAACUCGCAGCCAAGAAGAGAAAGAAGGAAAAAUUGGAGGCUGCAAAAGCUUCUGGUCGUGCAUAG